GUUUUUUAUUGUACCUUUUAAUUUUCAGCUGCUCUGUUACUAAGGGUGGUAAACAUCCUUCUGAGACAAGAGCAGUGACCUCAAUUAUGCAGGAACAUACCUCUCCAUUUGGCAAAACCCUAGUGUGAGUGGCAACAUUCUGCAGAGCCCAAGUGAAGGACGUGUGUUGUUCCCACCUAAGAUUUAAAUGCAGCAGGAUCUCUUCCUUCUUUUGCAAGGCACUUUCAACAACCACUCUUUUCCACCUUUGUUUUUUAGUCGAAUUGCAGCUUUGGCAAAUAGACACUUAAACUUGUGUGAUUUGUUCAUAGCAAAACGGCUAAAAUGUGAGAUGGGGAACAAUUAAGAAGAAUAUACCCAAUUGGAAGGUUUUUUCCCCACCUCUUCCUACUUCUAAAUGUGUUACGAAUUGCCUGAAACAGUAACAGGUAAAUCACCUCAGAUGUGAAUGAUGAUGUUCAGUGGUGAUACUGUGCCUUCUAGACAGCUGCACUGUGCAUGGAUGCUAAGAGCUGCUGCCCCCUUCACAUGUUUGCUGAAGAGGUUGUCUGUUGCAAAACUCAGCACAAAGACACCUUCACUAGUUCUAAUGGACACUUGUAUUUCAACUUGUCUUUUCUAGAUCUCUUUAUCUCCCUCUCUCUCUCUUUUUUUCUCUCUUUGUGGUUUCCUGGACCUCUUAACUCCUGCUUUUUGGAUGAUUACACUCACUUGCCUUGCUUCAAGUGCUUUCUUUGUAGCUGCGAGACACUGAUCAGAGACAUCCCUCCUCCUUACUAAAGAUUUUACUUUAAUGUUUAACUCAAUUUCUUUUUCUAGUUUUUUGAGUGUUUCUAAAGAAUGAUGAAACUUGGGUUAGUCAUAACUGAAAAUGUAAGAACAGUUACUUUACUCACUCAUUUAAUGCACUCUUAAGAAAUGGUGCCCUGGGAAGCAAGUAAUACGAUUACUCGGAUUUUCUGGUAUUAUCAGGUGAUUAAUCUUCAUUUGCGCUAAACAUUUUGGACUCUAGGUAAAUUUUGUUCAGUGCUCAGUGUGUUAGAUUAUAUAUUGCACUGACAAUCUACAGCCGCUCAUGAUGGGUGCCUUCUGGGGAAUGCUUGGAGAAUAAGACAAUUGGCUAAAUGAAAUGAAAAUCUGCCUGAUUCUGGUUGGCAGAGUUACCUGCUCAUAGGUCCCAGAAGCUUUUUACUGAGCUGUAAGGUAUGGUGUAUAGAAUAGAAAAUAGGUAUCAGGUGCUACAUAUAGUACAAAGGUGUUAGUGUUGUUUUAGACUGGGAAUAGGACAUUAAAAAUAAGAUGCGAUGUGUUGGAAUUAUAUUAGAGCUGAAGGUGUCAGUCUGUAAAAAGUUACCUGUAAUGGCCCUUAAACAGCAGAGUGCUUGUGUUUGUUCACUGGAAACUGGUGCAAGCUUUGCUUAUAUUUGCCUUCUGUAGCCCGGAGGCUCAGGAAGGAAAUUCUGAACAAAGAUUCCCAAAUGGAACAGUUAAAGGCAGCAUAAAGAAUUUCAGUAUUAUCCUUGCAUCUUCUGCUGCUGUCAGGGGAAUGAAUGUACUGCUAUUCCAUCUUCCACUUCCCCUGCUCGGAUGUAUUCCCUGUCUCCUACACUUCUCACAAGGGUCUCCCCAGGUCCAUGGGAUGUGGGGAGCUGUUAGUGCAAGGGUUGGUCAUUGCUAACCUGAUCUGAUUAGGGACAGUUGCUGAUAGGCUCCGGGUGUCACACCUAUCUGCAUGCUUGGUCGCUGCCAAGGCUUCCUGCAGCAUCUCCUUGCUGGAUGGGCUGUGGUUCAGUUCCUUUGCACAGACAUCUCCCUGAUCUCAAUACCUUCACUGCCUCUGUGCAGGGACUUGUUUCCUGGUACAUGUAUUCCCACACGGGUAAUCUGGCAGCUGUUGCUGUUCUGGCUUAGAAGUUGCUGUACAGCAAUAGCAAUAUAUAUGGUGCUUAUGCAGCUCUAUUCUGCUCCAUCUACUGGCAGGCAUGUAUAUUGUCAGCUGCCUUUUUCCUCUACAGGACGAUCCGAUGAUGCUGGGAGCAGCUCCUGUACACAGGCUUGAAAAAGAGCAAAGAGGUUGUUUCCUUUAGUUGAGAGUGCCUGAAAGAGCCCAGGAGCACAUACAAAGAAGUACCACUGUAUUUUCAAUUAUCCUUUCAAAGCCAUGGGAGCAAACUUGCAUGAGCUAUAUAGGUAUUCAUGUGAAGGAACAUCUGCUCAUAUGGAUAACAUUAGGAAUCACUGUGUUUUAUGCUAAGUUUCAUUUUAAUUUGAAAUCCUGUUAUGUAAUUCAUUUAUUUUGAAUAAAAUCUGAAUUAACCUAUAAAAGGUAUGAUUUUCCUUUUGAAGUGGAUUGUGAUGUUAUCUGACCAGCCAAUUGAUUGUUCACUCUGUUCAUUCAAAAUGGAAGGCUGUGGAGAAGGUAGCUUCUUUGAAACUCAAUACUGCAAAGAGGCUGGGUUUAUUUCUCCCUCUCUUCAUGUAGCAUUGAACAAAUAGUAACAACCUGUCCUAUUUCUGAUGAGUGUGUGGGCAGGUUCUUUUUCUUUUCAGCCUCUGAGAAUUAAAAUCUGUUAGGAGCUGGGACCCCUUGGGAGGUGACAGAGAAGAGCACUUUCCAAGCCCUGGCUUGUAUUGCCCUCAGUUUCAUUUUUUGAGUACAUUUAAAAAUGAAUAAGCCCCAGGCAGGUUGGGGUAGAAUUGCAUUUUCUAAUUUAUGUGAGUCUAACUGAUAGGCAGGAUCAAAGCAGACAACAUUAUUAGCUGGGGUAACUAUCAGACCUAUAGCUUCAUGUGAGCCUUUUCUAAUGUGGAGGUUGGUUAUUGCUUGGUUUGGCUUUCUACAUCAGAGAGACACAAGCAGUUGUUACUCUUUAAGGGCUGUAUUAGACUAAGGGCUAUAUUGGGUGAGUCCUUAGUAAAGAUUGUGCAUGAGGCAAUAGCGUGAAAUGUAGAAAGUUUUAGUAUUGUAUGUAAGUCAUUCUGAAAAAGCUUUGUGGUAGGGGAUGAUGUCCAUUUCAUGAGUGGGUCCUACUGAGGUAGAAAAUGAAGUUGAGCCACUACCGUAAAGGUGUUCUGAGCUGUAAGGAUAUAUCUACUGGUGUACAUGGUUUCUGUUUGCUUGAUGCUGUUUCUCAAACUUGAUGCCUUCAGAAGGAGAAGGUAUUUGAAAUGUUAGCAGGAGCACUCAUGCAAAUCAGACAGGUAAAUGGUGGCCUGACGACUGUUGAGUGCAGCCAUUCUGUUUUCAUCAUCAGUUGCGUCUCCAUGGUGUUUCUGUUGCUUGUUAAGGCAUUGGCCUUCAGGGUCCCUGGGGAGCUGUUACAUCCAUGUCUCCAGGUUGGGACAGACAACGCUGACCUGCAAGAUCUUCCAGGGUACCUGUGCUGCUGAGACUGUCUCAUCUUCACCAGAAACAGCCUCUUCUAGACAGAAGGGGUAUUAAUUUCUUCUUUCUAGCUGGCAUUGUUUCUAGCAGCAGUGGCUUUCCUUCAGCAGUCCUGAAAGCAGAAGGUCACAGUAAUGAAAGGCAGUAGUAGGAAUAAGGAUCAUUCGACAGAAGGAGAAGGAACUGGGAAACGACCAAAAAGAAAGUGUCUUCAGUGGCAUCCCCUGCUUGCCAAGAAACUCCUUGACUUUUCUGAAGAGGAGGAGGAAGAAGAGGAGGAGGAAGAUAUUGAUAAGGUGCCGCUCCUUGGUGCUGAUGGUUUAGAGCAGGAUGCUGAUGAAACUGAAGAUGACGAGUCCUCAGAGCAACGAGCUCGCCGACCAAUGAAUGCAUUUCUCUUGUUCUGUAAACGCCAUCGCUCUCUGGUGCGGAAAGAACACCCUCGCCUCGAUAACCGUGGCGCAACCAAGAUCUUGGCAGAUUGGUGGGCUGUUCUAGAUCCAAAAGAGAAGCAGAAAUACACUGACAUGGCCAAGGAGUACAAGGAUGCAUUUAUGAAGGCAAAUCCAGGGUACAAGUGGUGCCCCACAACAAACAAACCUGUGAAAACCCAGACAUCCACUGUUACAAGCAGGAAGAAGCUGUGGGCCUUCCCUUCAGACUCUGCAAAAGAUAUACCAAGCCCGAGGAAAGUGACAAAAAGUGAAGAAAUGCCUCAGCUUAACUUUGGGAUGGCAGAUCCUACACAAAUGGGAGGCCUGAGUAUGCUGCUUUUAGCUGGGGAACAUGCCCUGACUGCACAAGAGGUUUCCUCAAAUACUUGCCAAUCUGAUGCGACUGAUUCUACGGAAGUGUGUCAGAAGUCGUCAUUGUUUCAGUUUGCAGAGAUCUCUUCAAGCACAUCACAGCCAGGAGUUCCAGGAGCUGUAAAACAAACGGAGGAGUCUGCAUUAUUUCAGUUUGCUGAGAUUUCAUCAAAUACUUCCCAGCUGUCAAGUCCUGAGCCAGUAAAGCACUGUGGGAAGUCGGCACUCUUCCAGUUGGCAGAGAUUUCUUCAAGUACAUCCCAUUCAGGUCCUGAUUUAACAAAGCAGUGUGGAACAUCAGCAUUAUUUCAACUGGCAGAGAUGUGCCUUGCUUCGGAAGGGGUAAAAGUGAAAGAACCUGGGAAAAUAAAAGUGGAAGUAUCAGAAGAUGUGACAAGGGAAAUUCCAGAAAUGGAAGUGGAAGAACUGGAGAAGACAACAAUAAAAGACUCCUGUAGAAGAAAAAUUGAACAAUCAGAGACACUGCAAAACUGGGAUGAGACAAAAGCUGAGGAAUUAGAAACUGUAAAAUGCAGUGAUUUUACUAGUCUUCUAAAGGAUAGCAAUCCUUUUGAGAGAAAUGAUAACACAAAGGAUUACAUGUACCGUUCUCCAGAGCUUUCAUUAGCUGAAAUGAGUAUCCUUGGGCUAAGCAAGCCAGAAAAGUUGAAGAAGAAGAAGAAGAAAAAUAAGUUGGACCGGCACACAAAUGAAAAAUCCACCCCUAAAAAGCCUUGUAAAAAGAGGCAGUCCUCUGAGUCAGACAUUGAGAGUGUAAUGUAUACAAUUGAAGCUGUUGCAAAAGGAGAUUGGGGUGCUGAGAGACUUGAAGAAACUCCACGCAAAAAAGCCCGCCCAUCCUCAAAUGUGAAGGGAAGCAUGUUGGAUACAAAAUCACCAAAGAAAAAAGUGAAAUCUAAAGAGAAGAAGGCAUCUAAGGAGAAACCCAUGGAGACCACCAAAGAAUCGAAGCCUCCUGAUUUCCUUAGUAUUACAGCCAACAAGGAAGUACCCUGUGAGGCUUCUGAUAGCAUUAAAGUGGAACCACUGACCCCAACAGAGGAGGUGGUGCCCCAGAGCUUACCAGAACAGGUCAAAACUGAGGACAGUGACUGUGUUAAAAAAAUAGAAACCUGUGGCUCCAGGAAAUCAGAGAGAUCUUGCAAAGGUGCUCUUUAUAAAACUCUGGUGUCAGAGGGCAUGCUUACGUCUCUGCGCGCUAACGUGGACAGAGGAAAAAGAAGCUCAGGAAAAGGCAACUCCUCAGAUCAUGAAGGAUGCUGGAAUGAAGAAAACUGGGCUUUUUCCCAAAGUGGGACAAGCGGGAACAAAAAACUGAAAAGGCCUAAGCCAAAGGAAGAAUUUGUUUUUGGCUUAGCAAAGUUGGAAGAAGAAUUUGAAAAGAAAUUCAACAGCCUCCCUCAAUACAGUCCUAUUACCUUUGACAGGAAAAAUUCAUCUGUUCCAAGGAAAAAGAGAAAGGUUGGAAGUGGCUCAUCUGAACAACCAAAAUCCAACAAAGGUUCAGUCCAGUCUAAGAGAAAGAACUUUUUCCCCAAAAUUGUCAGCAAAUAUAAGCACAAAAAGAAGAAGCUUAAUGUUCCGGACAAAGCCAUACUCUCAGAAGACAGAAAUCCCAUUGAGCUUGCCUGGAGGAAUAAAAUUUGUAUAUCUGCCCUAAACACUCCAGAGCCAGCGAUGAUGCAUGAGCCUUUAGUUGGAAGCCAGAAAAGGAAAGCAAGGAAAACUAAGAUCACUCAUCUUGUUCGAACAGCAGAUGGCCGCGUGUCACCAGCAGGAGGGACACUGGAGGAAAAGCCAAAAGAUCUUCCACAGAGCAGUCUUCAAAAAGCGUCGAGUGCAGAAACUGAUUGCAACAGUGAAUGCUCCGGAAAUGCAGAGACACAAGAAAAUCAUAGUAUUACAUCAGAUAUGCCAGCAGUGUCUGCAUUUUUUAGCUUAGCUGCUCUGGCAGAGGUAGCAGCAAUGGAAAAUGUACACAGAAAUCAGAGGGCCACACCUCUCCCACAUGAUGGACAGCCAAAUGAAAUGUCUCAGGCUCCAGUGCUUAUUUCCUGCGCUGACCAGUGAAGCUCCACUUUAUUGUAAAACAUUGUGCUUUACCUAAUAUCCUAGCCUUGUCUUUACCAAGGGAAGCUAGUCAGUCCAUGUGAUGGAAACUAUAGACUGCAAGCAAGUGCUUAUUGCUCUGAGUGGCCCAGAAUUCACUGGAAGCCAGACAUUAGCAACAUGGGCCAGGUCUUCAAAUCGGAACCCAGUAUGUAGGAGGGUGAUAUUAUUUGUCUAUUAAUGAACAGGAAUGGAAUGAUCCCAGAGCUUGCUUUCUAUUGAAGGCUUUUAAACAGUAAAUAGGUGGUUGAUAUGAAGAAGGCUGCCUUUACUGUUAGUUCACACAGCAUCUCUUUUACCAACCAGAGAGUAUGGCAACUAGUUUCAUAUAAUGCCUAGUUAAAUGAAAAUGAAAAAAUCAACAACAACAAAAACACUGACGCACUGCACUAGUUAUUAUUAGAUAUUCUUAGUCAUUUUUGUACAUGAAGAUUUAAGUUCUAAGAUGGUUUAUAUUAAUAGGUUAUGCCUACGUUUAUAUUGUAGAAUGAAUAUAAAACCUGUUCCAGAGAACUCAAGGCAGCCUGGACAGAUGUACCAUUGUUAGCGGUGUUUGGGCAGCCACGUGGUCCAGAUGUUCUGCACUUUUAUAUUUGCCACCAGAGUGGUAGAGUUUACUGGCAAAAAUUCUGACAGGCUAUGUUUGGGUUUUGUUUCUUUUUAAUUUAGCUUUGAAUAACCAGGAUGAUGUGCAUUAGAAAAAGGAGUGGUGUAUGGAAAAGAAAAAUACUGCAGAGAAUUGACUUGUCUUUAAUGCCUUGGAAGGUUCCUUUAUUUUUGCAUAGAUAUCUGAGUGACUUGGUGAAACUUUCCUGUAAACAAAAAGUACUGCGAAUAUGUUUUUCAAAAGUGACCUUAGUAUUAUUUCACCAUUCUGAAAGACCUAAAAGCAUGACUUUUCAAUAUACAUGUACUCUGGUAAGCAUACCUUUUACAUUUUAAAGACACUGGCAUUGUUGUAGUUACUAUGCACAGACGGCUUCAGAGUUUGUAUAAAGGGCCAAUUACAGUUUGUGUUGGUCAAGGGGAAAGUUUUAUGCAGAUAAACUACAACUAAAGAGUAAUGUUUGACUGAAUUCAGACUACCACAGAUCCACCUGCCAGCUUCUAUCUUUGCUUAUGCUGAAUUUUUGUGGUUUGCUCUCAUAAAUGCAUCCCAAAAGCCAGGCCAAUUGUAUCACUUGGCCUGCUGUCUUCACUAUUUCGACUUACACUAUUGUAUAACCAAGCAUUGAUUCCUACCAACAGAUGCAAAAUGAUCACUAGUAAUUAAACUAAAGCUACAAAUUCAACAGGGUACUUCUUCAAUAGCACAAGAUGUUUCCCUAAUUUUUGCAUUGUAGCACAACAAUUUACCAAAUUGGACUCCAGCAAUAAUUUUAUAUUAGUCUUCGUCAUACUGGCUGAAUUUUUGAUAGUAUUAGAUUGAGUUUGAAGUUCUUUGAAUUAAGUCUUUAAAUGAUGCGAGUUUACAUCAUUCUAUCAGGCAUUCUUAUUUAUACUUGACUGAAUUGAUAAUAUGUUUUGGGGUUAUUUUGUAACUAAUUUGAUGUAAUAGCCAUAUGGACAGUAACUCUAUUAAUGCUUGCUAGGUUUAGCCUUUCAUUGUUGUAGCUAAGUGAAAAUCUUUGGUUCAUUGUUGGGAAACAGUAUAACAAGAUACCACGAGAGUUGUAACGAAGGGUUAAAGGUUUGACUAGGGUAGACAGCUUGGAAAGUCUCACUAAAACAGCACCAUCAAAGAUGCAUGUGUUGGAAGAAGGGAACAACUACAAAAGAACAACAAAAUUUCAGAGCCAAUGAGUCAGUGAAAAGGCUUUUUUAAAAAUUCAGGUGAAUAUAUGACUAAGAGCCCCUCAAAUGCCAUUGUAGCCUAUGGCAGUAUUUUUUAAUAAGAUUUUAUUAAAGUUUUAUAAGUUAUUUUAACAAGACAGGAAAAGCUAAAGACUUUAAACUGUUGGGUCACAGCAAGGUGGCUGUUGGAGUUUUGGACCACUUUAUAAUUAGCUGAAAUCCAAAUAUGUUACAGUGCAGGCCGUUCACCUUGACAAUGGUACUAACUUAUUUCUCUAGAAACCUUUAGAGUAGAUAUAUUUUUGUCAAAGCACCCCAUCCUUCCUCAAUUUAAAUUUCAAUAUUGUUCCUGAAGAUAUUUCUGUAUAUUAAUGGUACCUUUUUUAAAAGAAACAGAAAAUUACUUUUUUCUAUAUGAAUUAAUAUCUUACUUGAUCUGCUUUUCCUUGACUUUCCCUUAGAGAGGGGGUAGGGUUGGGUCAGUUUACUGGAUAUGACUGUUUUCAGAUACUUAUAAACCUUUUUGUAGAUAUGCUUAAUUUUUAAGCGAUUAGGCACUGAGAGUAGCAGAAAUCCUGCAAAGCUUUAUAGUUCACUAGGCAUUUGCCUUUGUUGGUUCUCUGAGUGACGUCUUGAUUUCAGUAGCUAGAGUUUUCCCUGAAUCUACUAGAAGGGGUAUCAGUAUUUUCAGGUAACAAAGUCUGUUAGCACAACAAAAAUUUCAGACCAAUAUCUUACUGUAUUGGGGUUGGGUUUUUUUUUUUUUUCUUUGUUUGUUUUGUUUUAAUUUUUAUUAAUUUCAGCUGCUUUUGUUUUGGAAAAAUCAUAUUGCUAUUGUGUGUACUUCAGUAUACCAGCAAACACUGUUACCUGUUAACACAUUGUCCACAAAUGCCUCUAGAAAAGAAAUUGUUGCACCUUAUGUAUAUCUCAAGCAAACCAAAAUAUGAUGCUUUUCUGCUUUGUUUAUUCUGAAUAUGUUGUAUCAUACUUUACUGAACCCAUUUUAACUUAGCCUAAAGCUAUCAAUAUUUAUGCAUUUCACAUUAUUUUCUGGAUCUGAACCUGUGUAUAAAUCUUUCUUUAAAAAAAAAAAAAAAAAAAAAAAAGAAGCAAUUACCUUAGUUGUUCUCUAUCACUUAUCCAUGGGAGUGGGGAAUCUCAUCUCAAGUGUAAAAUGCAGUACUGUCCCAGGUUUCCUUGGCUUUUAUUUAUUUAGUGAUCUUGGGUAUUUCAUAUAUAGUUUUGAGGUAUACGGAAUAUAUUGUUGUAGCCAAAGCUACAGAUGCAAGCAGCUGGGAGGAAAAUACUGUAAUGUCUUCUUAAUUAUUCUAGUACUGUAUGCAAAUAUGGGAAGAACGUUCUGCAGAACAUUUGAGAUGCAGAUUCUUAUCCCCACAGUAGGUUAUUUUCCAGAUAUUAGACCAAAUCGAUGAAAAACAUCCAUGGAGAUCACCUAAUGCUCUGCUUACGGCAGUAACUACCCCUUGAAUGUGCUGUGAUUUCAGAAAUAGAAUAUAUUUAUUUAAGAUGACUGAAUGCUCUUUUAUACUAAUACAGUAUCCCAAAGUCAUUAGCAAAAGAUUUCUUGUUAAUUUGGAUUUCUCUUUUAUAGCAUUGGUGCAUGACUUUUGAAAUUAACGUGGUGAGCGUUGUUGUUGGAAAAGGGCGCAGGAACAAGGGAUAGAUGGAAGCAUGUGAACCAGUGUUCAAAUUCCAUCCUCGUGCUUUACUGUUUGGGUGUAAUCUACUUUUGUAGCGUAAGGCUGAAGAGCACUCUGCAGUCUGUACCAAGCAGAAACCCAAGAGAGUCGUAACUUGCAUCAGAAUGAGGGAAUGCCUUAUAGUUUGGAUGCUAUCAUUUGGAACAGGAUAUUAAAUUGGAGCAAUUUAAUUCUGCUGCCUGUUAGCUACUGUACGGGUACUGGAACAGAUUGAAGGCUACAGUUGUAGUCACAGGACAGCUAAGAGAGGUUAAAAGGAAAGCUGGCCUUUGUUCUCAGUAUGGUGAAGUUGUGGCAACAAAGAGGAGUUAGGAAAAAAGAUAUAUAUGUGUGCGCGCGCGUGUGUAUACAUUCUGGAAAAAAAAAACUGUAGGAAAGACAAAAACAUAAUGGGUGUACAAGAUCUUGUAAUGUAUUUUUGUCCUUUGAGUGCACUCCCUUUUUUUGAAUGCUGAGUCUAAUAUGGCUACCUCUCCUAAAAGACUACUUUUGUUAACUUCCAUUUGCUUUCAGGCUUGAUCAUUUAAUCUUUUCAGCCGUUGAUACCAUUUGUAUAUCUCUGUAUGCUUUACUUUCCAACAGCAACAUUUAUCUGACAACAUCAGGCUGAAUAUAUAGUGGUAGCCAAACUGUGUUGCUGGAGCAUAUUUGUUGAAACUCUGCCAUAGUCACAUGAGUUGCGGGAUAUAGGCCCAGUAGAAUGGGUUGUGUAAGAGCAGGAAUUGCUGCGCUCAUCAGGUGGUGGACUUCAGAUACUCCCAAUGGUCAUGCAGUAAGCCAAAUGCUGCUCUUGAAAUUUAUUCUGGAGUUUACAUUUGCAAUCCUAAUUUCACAAGGAAACAUAACUGUGCAACUUUUGUGUUGUAUACCAUACAUUAUUCAUUAGACACUGUUUGUUUGCCAUGCUUGUUUUCUAGAUUGUAGAGCUCGUAGGUAUCUUUGCCAUGUUUUGUACUAUCUGUGGCAUUCUUCUUACCUUGUACAUAUUAUGAAACUAUCAUCUAAAGCUGCCAGAACAUUGAGUCAUUUUCAGGACACUGAGAGAUGAGAAUGAGUGCAUUUAGGCUGUGAAAGAGGUUUUUUUUUUUGCCUCCUCUCCUGAAUUUCCCAAUAAAAAGGCACAGAGAGGUUUAUUCUCUCACCUAACUGCUAUUAUAGUCUUUUAUAUACUCAGUAUUUUCUACUGAAUUGACAACUUUGAAGGAGCUUAUGAAGUGGAUGCAUGUUUUAUGUUCCCCCACUGAUUCUUCUGAGGCAGACAUCUAGGAAGAACUGACUUGAGACCUCCACUCAGCAACACACCUGAGCUUCUGCCUAAAACCAUCCUUAUUUGAGGGGCAGCAUUGUAGUUUGCAGUGUGACCGUGCAGGAGCCCUGAUUACGGGCUACUGUGCCCCUAGAAUUGAGCUUUGGCUUUUGUGAUGCUUCUGGAGGAGGCAUGUUAUUUUGACCUAGGGCCUUCAUUGACACUGAGUUUUAAAAACAAAUGCAAAUACCUUAAUGUUUGUUGAGUUCUUCCAAAGAAUUAUAUUGUAAUUUCUGGAUCUUGAUCGUUAACUUAUGCCAGCAGACCCACAUUGUACCCUACUGGAAAAAAAAAAAAACAUGUCUGCUGUCGCACAGUACAGCCUAACUAACCAGGCUUCCGAAUACAGUGCUCUAACCUACUCUUUUAACCUUGUUUUUUCCACGCACUGCUACACUUUAUUCAGUGGUCUGAAGGUGACAAAGGCAAGAGGGAGAGAGGUGUGUGUAUACCUUCUACACACACACACACACACACAUUGGUAUGCAGUGGCUUGGAAGACGUUGCCUGUAUAAAAGCGUUCCAUGUUAGGUCCCAAAACAACUUGAGGUUUCUCAGACAAUGGUUUUUCAAACUUUCUUGGAAAAUUUCAUUCUCUUUCCUUCACGUUACGCCAUAAGGUGUAAUUUUCAAAAAUGUCUGAAAAAAUACAGACACUGUGAGAAUCUUCUUUCUCAGCAGUGCUUGCUUUUAAUAACCAGUCUGUGUUGACAGUUUUAACACAUCUGAUUUGCUGUGAUCUCUUUGUAGGGCCCAGUCCUUCAACUUUUAUUCUCAUACGUAAUUCCACUAAAUUUUGACCCAGUAUUUGGCUUUAUUCUCUCCAAAGCUUGGUGUAAACAUGCCUUAUAAUAGUUCAUCUCCAUAAGUGGUAUAACGGAGCUACUGCCUUCUUAGAUGUGUGUAGUUAGAAGUCAAUAAGCACAUUUAUAAAAUGUCGUACUUUCUUCAAAAACCUCUAUCUAAUUUGAUAUUAAGUGCACAUGUUAAGUCAUGUGUAUAACAUGCUAAAGUACAUUAAACUGUGAUCAAAACCUGAAUAAAAUAUUUAAUAAAAUAUUUGAAAUAUUUGAAAAGGACCGUCAAAUAGAUUUCUUUAUGUUUGUUCUAUUUUGAUUAUCUAGUGUGUGCCUGUAAACAGUUUCCCAUUUAAAACUAAUGAUUGCAAAUAAAUGCUAUUAAAACAGAG